GCGGCGGCUGCGGCCGGGAUGGAGCCCCGCUGAAGCCGCCGCGUAGACGCGGCGCCGGAGCCAAGAUGUGUCUGCGCCUGGGUGGCCUGAGCGUGGGUGACUUCCGGAAGGUACUGAUGAAGACGGGGCUGGUGCUGGUCGUGCUGGGCCACGUGAGCUUCAUCGCAGCCGCUCUCCUCCACGGCACCGUGCUGCGCUACGUGGCUGCCCCCAAUGACGCUGUGGCUCUGCAGUACUGCGUGGUCGACAUCCUCUCUGUCACUUCUGCCAUCGUGGUCAUCACCUCAGGCAUUGCAGUCAUUGUGCUCUCACGCUACCUCCCCAGCAUCCCCCUGCGCUGGACAGUGUUUAGCUUGAGUGUGGCCUGUGCCCUUCUCUCUCUGACCUGUGCUCUCGGCCUCUUGGCUUCGAUCGCUGUGACCUUUGCCACCCAGGGCCGGGCACUGCUGGCCUCCUGCACUUUUGGGGGCCCCGAACGCCUGGCACUGGCACCCGACUGUCCCUUCGACCCUACACGCAUUUACAGCUCCAGCCUGUGUCUCUGGGGCAUCUCGUUACUGUUCUGUGUGGCAGAGAGUGUGUUUGCUGUCCGCAGCGCCCAGCUCGCCCACCAGGUGCUGGAACUGAGGCCCUGGUUGGGGAAAAGCAGCCAUCGCAUGGGCCCCUACCUUGAAAACUGGGGCAACAGUCUUCUCCCCCAAGACAAACGGGAGAACACAGAGGCUCGGAGAACUCAGCUCUCCCAGAUGCAGGAGAGUCCAGAACCCGUGGAGGACCCUGACCUGCCAAGCCGCGCUAGCUCCGGGCCCAUGACCCUCUGACAGCUGAUGCCUCAUCCAGGCCCCGUAGCCACUGGGGCCCUGCAACCAAGUCCACACUGAGAUCAGGCCAGUAUUCCUGGAGCCAGCCAAGAGGGCUCAAUG